AUGUCUGAAAUUGAUGUCCUAGUCUAUGGAUUGGGAGCGAUUGGCUCCUUCUAUGCCUUUGUUCUGAGUCGCUCCAACCGUGUGCGACUAUCAGUCGUGGCACGUUCGAACUAUGAGGCUGUGAAAGCAAAUGUGAUCCAACUAGUGGUAAAAUCCGUUACCGAAGUUCCACCAGUUGACUACAUCGUGUGCGCCCACAAGGCAAUCGAUCAGGAUGAAGUAGUAGCUCAAUUACAGCCAGCAAUCGACAGCAGGACUACCAUUGUCGUCAUCCAGAAUGGCGUUGGUAACGAGGAACCGUUCCGAAAGCAGUUCCCAAAGAACACGAUCAUAACCUGCGUGACGUGGGUAGGAGCCACCCAGACAAGCCCCGGAAUUGUAGCACAUGGCAAAUCCGAGGAUAUGCAGAUCGGCCUAUUCCCCAAUCCCGAGGUCGAAAGCGAAGUCGAGCAACAACGACUUCAAACAUUCGCCGAUCUCCUCCGAAAUGGCCAAACUCAGUUCCAGAUUCUUGAGAAUAUGCAGAUCCAGCGAUGGGAGAAGGUGGUUUGGAAUGUCGCAUGGAACUCCUUGACUACCCUCACCCUGGUGGAUACACAAACAUGGUUGAAGUCAUCGGAAGAUGCUACGCCUUUUACACGCCAGUUGAUGCAGGAGGUCAUUGACAUCGCUCGUGCCUGUGGUGUGCCGCUGAAAGAUGAUCUAGUUGACCAGCUUAUGGACAAGAUCAAUGCUAUGCCUGGGAUUGGAAGCAGCAUGCAGACGGAUUGCAAAAGUGGUCGACCAAUGGAGAUUGAUGUCAUCUUGGGAUUCCCAGUGCGGAAAUCUCGUGAACUCGGCAUCCGAGCCCCCUUUUUAGAGACCCUCUACGUUCUUCUUCGAGCGGUUGAUGGUCGACUGAGAGCCGCGCGGUAG